AUGUUGUGUAUAUCAUUGUUAGUUAUAAGUGCAUUACUACUCGCUAUCUUUAAAUUUUUCGUUAAAGAUAGGCAUUACUGGAAGAAGAGGAAUAUACCAGAAGUGCAGGGUGUCAUGUGGAAAUUUCUCAAAAGCCAGAAAUCAAUAGCCGAAAUUUAUAAAGACAUUUAUUUUGCUUAUCCCGAAGAAAAUAUCGGUGUGUAUAAUGGACCAAAACCAGCAUUAAUUAUAAAGAACUUGGAAAACAUACAAGCGGUAUUACUUGGAGAUUUCCAAAGCUUCUUCAGUCGCGGUUUUAAUACGAACCAAAACGAUCAACUUACGGAUAGUGUACUAUUUAUGGAGGAUUACGAAAGAUGGAGAAUUGUAAGAUACAAAAUUUCACCAGUGUUUACUAUGAAAAAACUAAAAAGUAUGUUUUAUAUAAUGGAAAGAUGCGCCAGAGAUUUUAUGCAAUUUAUGGACAACAAUCAAGAAGCGAUAAACAAGCCAUUCAACGCUUUGUACACUUAUACCACGGCUUCUAUCACUGCAUCCAUUUUUGGUAUCGAUGCGAACACCCAAAAUACUAUGGAUUCACCUUUCAUAGAAAUGGCAACAAAAGCUACUGAACCAUCUUUCCAAACAAAUUUAAAAUUCCUCCUUGCUAGUACGUUCCCGAAACUUUUCAAACUACUCCAAUUAAAAUUUUUCGGUGAUCACGAAUAUUAUUUUAUAAACGUUGUGAAGCAAGUGUUGAAGGAACGUCGCAAAGACAAUGAUAAGAGAUACGAUUUCAUUGACACUUGCAUUGAGUUACAAAAUGAAGGUGUUAUGCGAAAUUUGGAGACGGGGUAUCAGUUGGUACCAUCUGACGAACUGAUGGCUGCGCAGGCGUUCUUCUUCUUCAUUGCCGGUGCUGACACAUCCGCGCAUUCGAUGCUCUUCGUUUUAUUGGAACUUUCUGGAAAUCCAGACAUUCUUAAAAGGUUACACAAAGAGAUCGAUAGUGUUUUCGAGAAGUGUAAUGAAAAAUUAACAACCGACAAUAUUGACGAGUUAAAAUAUAUGGAUAUGGUGAUCAAUGAAGCGUUUAGAAAGUAUCCAACGAUCGGAUCGAUACAAAGAAAAUGUACUAAAACAACUACUCUGCCGGUGGGACAAAUAAAGGUAGAGAAAGACGUGCAAGUUAUAAUACCAACAUACGCAAUACAUAGAGACGAAAAGUAUUACCCGAAUCCAGAUGUAUUUGAUCCUGAGAGAUUUUCUCCAAAAAAUAUUGGCAACAUACCUAAAUAUGGAUAUCUUCCAUUCGGUGAAGGAAAUCGGAUUUGUAUUGGUGCAAGAUUCGCUCGACUCCAAAUGAAAGUUGGCCUGGCCUGGCUUCUGAGACGAUACACGUUGAAGGAACAAGUGUACAAACCGAAACGUUUUGAGCCCAGCUUUUUCGCAUUGAGAGAUACUGGAGCUCGGGUUGACUUCAUUCCGAGAAGAAUUUGAACAUGUUAACACUUUAUCCUUCUCAUUUUAUUUCAGAAAAAUAAAGAUAGAUAUAUUUCUUCUUCUAUAUUAUGUUCUUUAUCUAUGCCAAAUUUCAUCGAAAUCCAUUGGAGCCUACUGUAAUCGAAGGUCAAACUUUGAACAGCAUUGAUUCAUGCAGGAUCUGCUUAUAAAACUAAACAACAUGCAUAUAAAUA